ACGCUUAUGAUGUCACAGUUUUGUCUUUAUUAAGCGCUCAGUGAGAAGGAAUUCAGUUCUCCUCAACACUCAGCCAAAGGACACACAGCUCCUUCCUGGAGUACUGGAUCUGCAACAUCACAUCAGCACUGGGAAUACUACACAGGACUGCAGACAGGACUGAGCGCUGCUGGGGGAGCACAAGCAACAGGAGCUACAGAAAGGUUUCUCCUUUUGUUUCGAAAUAUCUGAUCCGACAGAGAGAAAAUUCUGGAAGACUUGGACAGGUCGCGGUUGCAUUCAAGAUGUUGCGAAGUCUCCUACCACAUUGUAGUUUGGCAGUUUUCAUCCUUAGUUGCACAUUCCCCGCACAUGGAAGACCAACGCAGGGACUCAACGGCAGAGUACGGAGGGCGGUUUCUGAACAUCAGCUGCUCCAUGACAAAGGACGAUCCCUCCAAGAGCUCCGGCGCAGGAUCUUCCUGCAGAACCUAAUAGAAGGAGUAAACACAGCAGAAAUCCGGUCAGUGCCGGACGAAUUGCCCCGUCCCAUCCCCAGCGUCAAGAACUUUAACACCCUGCGCCUGCCAGGCGAGGAAGAGGGAGUGACAACCCAGCUGACUCAGGAGACCCACAAAUUACAGAGCUUCAAAGACCCCCCACCAAAAGUCCCCAGCAAAAAGAAGAAGGGAAAGCCGGGGAAGAGAAAGGAGCAGGACAAAAGGAAGAGGAAAGAGCGGGCGACGCUAGAAGGCCUGCAAGACCCGCCCGGGUCAGAACUGUGGUGGGAGGAGCUGGGCAUCAGGACGCAAUGAGAAUUCAACUGGAGCCUCCUUACCUAUCAGAGAAACAGAACAUAAUGAUAAAAGAAGAUGGAUCCGUAAAAAAAAAUAAAAAGAAGAGCGGGGAGUGCAGCGGAGAUCUUUGAACUUGGACUUACAAGAUGUAUUUAUUUCCUGUAAAUAAAAACCAGAGACUGCCCGAACCCCCAAAUGCGCUGUCUUCCCCCGCCGUUUGUAAUACUGCACAGCCGCCCCCCCUGCGGCCCCUCCCUUCCCCUUAUUUAUUGGUUGGAUUAUAUAUUUAUUGUGUUUUGUUUUUUUAAUAUUAUUAUUCCUUGUGGCUGCUGGCGUCCCGUUUCAUGUUGCACUUUAAUGUCUAGAACGCGCCAAAAAAUUUUUGUUAUUAUUUUGUUUUUUUUAUUUUAUUUUUUGAUAUUGAAUUGAACAUUAUUAUUUUUUUUUUUCUCUUUUGUGCAUGUAUAAGAUGUGGCAACUGGUGGAAUUUGUACAGAAUGUGUAAUAAAUUUGGUGUCCAAAGUAAGCAAA